CGCGCCUCAUUUGCAGACCCACACAAGAUGGCGACCGGAUGUCUAACUCGUGCGCGGAACGCACCGACGGCAGGGGCAUGUGUCGCGCAUGCGCAGCGCGCCUCACACGCGCGUGCGGGAGGCCCCCCUUGUGAGGGAAGGGGGCGUCGCGGCUGUGAGGCCCGCCCAAGAUGGCGGAGCGGUUCCUGACCUUCGUCCACCUGUGCUGUUUCCUGUGGGCCUCGUUCUCACUCUCUCAGAACGUGGGCAUGCCCCACUCCCUCCGCAGGGAGAGCGAGAACACCUAUGGCGGCCGCUGGAAAUACCUGACCUUCAUCAACCAGAUUCUUCAAACUCUAUUGUUUGGAAUAUGUGUCAUAAUUGACUUUGCUCAUAUGUUCAUCCCUGCCACAAAGAACAGUAUGGCAUCCCGAUUGUUGCCUCCAAGAGACUUCAUCUUCUCAGUGCUAGUAUUCCCUGUUGGCUUAUUUGUAGCUGUUACUUUUUGGACCCUUUAUGCAUAUGACAGAGAAUUGGUAUACCCUAAAGAACUGGAUGAGAUUAAUCCAUCUUGGCUUAAUCAUACCAUGCAUACCACUAUACUGCCACUACUUCUUAUUGAGCUGAUUACAUGUCCACAUAAAUACCUUUCUAAAUUGAAUGGAAUGAUAGGACUUAGCAUCUUUGGUACCUCAUACCUCACAUGGGUACUAUGGGUAAAUUAUGCAUCAGGAAUUUGGGCAUACCCAAUUUUAGAAGUAUUAGGCGUACCUGGAAAGGCGGUACUUUUUACCAUUUCCUACCUCGUAAUGAUAGGAUUCUACUUACUUGGAGAGCAUCUAACAAAGUUAUUAUGGGGUGACUUUCGAAAAUAUAAGAAGCAAGGAUAGAGAGGAAGCUGAAAGUAGGUCACAAAAAGUGCGAGUUCAUUUAUGAACAUUUUAUAUUUUUAAAUCGAGAUGCCAACUUGCACUGUUUUGAAAUAU